AUGGCCGACAACGUUACCGCUUCCACCUCUUCGACCCUCCCUCCUCCCCCCCAAACCUCUGCUGCUGCUCCCAACCAGCAGUACGAUGCGUCUCAGGGCAAUGGUCAAGCUAAUCCUUCCCACAUGCCGCCGCCUCCCCGCCCGCCUGUGGUGAUUCCUCAGAACACCAACCCCAUCCCGACCGCCAUUACCUCUCCCAUGUCCGGAAACAUGAUGUCCCCGACCAGCGCCGGUGGUUUCGUACGCCGUGCUGCCCCUGAACCAAACAAGAGGGCUUUGUAUGUCGGUGGCCUUGACCCUCGGGUGACUGAGGAUAUUCUGAAGCAAAUCUUCGAGACGACUGGCCAUGUCGUCAGUGUCAAGAUCAUUCCGGAUAAGAACAAGUUCAACAGUAAGGGAUACAACUACGGCUUUGUCGAAUUCGACGACCCGGGCGCCGCCGAGAGGGCCAUGCAGACGCUCAACGGACGUCGCAUCCACCAGUCGGAAAUUCGUGUGAACUGGGCCUACCAGUCUAACAGCACAAACAAGGAGGAUACCUCCAACCACUUCCACAUUUUCGUCGGAGAUCUGAGCAACGAAGUCAACGAUGAAGUGCUUCUCCAGGCUUUCUCUGCCUUUGGCUCAGUAUCCGAGGCUCGUGUUAUGUGGGAUAUGAAGACUGGCCGGUCCCGUGGCUACGGUUUUGUUGCUUUCCGCGAACGCUCUGACGCCGACAAGGCUCUGAGUUCUAUGGACGGGGAAUGGCUCGGUUCCCGCGCUAUUCGUUGCAACUGGGCCAACCAGAAGGGUCAGCCUUCCAUUUCCCAGCAGCAGGCCAUGGCCGCCAUGGGCAUGACGCCGACCACGGCUUUCGGUCAUCACCAUUUCCCUACCCACGGCAUCCAGAGCUACGACAUGGUCGUCCAGCAAACCCCACAGUGGCAGACCACGUGCUAUGUGGGUAACUUGACCCCUUACACCACGCAGACCGAUCUCGUCCCACUCUUCCAGAACUUCGGCUAUGUCAUCGAGACUCGUCUGCAGGCCGACCGUGGAUUCGCCUUUAUCAAGAUGGACACGCAUGAGAAUGCCGCCAUGGCCAUCUGCCAGCUGAACGGCUACAACGUCAAUGGCCGUCCCCUCAAGUGCAGUUGGGGCAAGGACCGUCCUCCUACCGGCCAGUUCGACAACUUCUCUGGUCAGCAGAGCAACUCGGGAUUUAGUUCCACCCCAACCCCGUACUUCCCCCAGUACGGCGGUCCGGGCGCUCCCAUGACCCCCCAAGGCCCUACUCCGACCCAAAGAGGAUGGGACCAGUCCGGAAUGGCAGGCCAAGGUUAUGGCCAGGUCCCUGGUAAUGCUGGCUACGGCCGUGGUCAAGCCACGCCUACUUCCGGCUGGAACCAGCCCAACAACGCCAACUUUGGAAACGGUUUCGGCGGCUACCAAGCUCGCGCCCAGCUUGCGCCAAUGGAAGAUGCAAGCGACGGCAAAGGUGCGGCACUCUCGCUGGACAACAAUGAUCAGCUCUCGAGGCGGGUGCGCUCCGGGAGCGCAAGCAGCGGCCACAAGCGCAGCUCGUCCGGCUCAUUACUUUCGCGCCUCUCCUUUCUGCGAAUGAUCCAAGCGACUCAGAACGCCCCGGAUCGGAGCCAUUCGGGCAUCGAGCGAGACGACAGCAGCGAUUUCAGCUCGGGCUUGCGAGGUGGAAGGGCAAUGUCGACUGCGAUCCAACAACACCGAAGAACGCGCAGGAGAAGGGGCUCCCUACGAAAGACCGCCUUGUUGGGCACCCGGUUCGAAUAUCGAGAUAAGAAACUUCCUAGGCCAUCGGUGGACGUGCUGCGUGGAGACGAUAUCAACCCCAACGGACAACCAUCCCUACCAGGAGGAUCAUCAUCGUCCCCUCUCCCUCCUUCCGAUUCUCAAUUACGCGCUUUCGCCGAUCCAACCUCUCCCGAUAAUGAUACCGUUCUCCAGCAAAGCAGUUCAGGUCAUCCAGACCAUGGAGGAAAUACUUCUACGUGGACCCUUAUGGACGCACCCCAGCGAACCCGAAAUGCAGCCGCUCCCUCGCAUCGCCAGCAAAACCAGUCCAAAGAAAGCAUUCUCGGCGACGAGAUGACUACCGACGACGAAGACAUCAUACCCUUCCCUCACCCCAAUACUUCAAACAGCGCUAUCGCCGCUGCUGCUGCCGCGGCCGCGGCCGCCGCAACCACCAGCACCGGCCUCCACCUCCCAACCGCUUCGUCCAGCUCCGACUCAUACUAUGCCUUACAAGCCGACUCGACGGCCUAUCGACCACUUCACCGCGCCAAAUCACCCCUCGCAACCCACUCCGCCGAUAUUGUCAGCACCUCAGAGAUGGUAUGGGACUAUUCGGAGACAGAAUGGUGGGGGUGGAUAAUACUGAUUGUGACGUGGCUGGUAUUUGUGGUUGGAAUGGGAAGUUGCUUCGGUGUUUGGAGCUGGGCGUGGGACGUUGGAGAGACGCCAUAUGCUCCUCCAGAGCUGGAAGACGACCCUACCUUGCCUAUUGUGGGAUAUUAUCCUGCGUUGAUUGUGUUGACGGCCGUUAUGUCGUGGGUUUGGGUGGUUGUUGCCUGGGUGGGGAUGAAGUAUUUCAAGCAUGCUAAUAUAUCCGGGGAGGAUAUAUGA